AUGGCCACGUUAGAAUCGGGUGGGAAAAUUCAAGUUUCGGCACUCCACCCUGGCAUGCGAGUCUUGGCCAUGGACAGUUACGGGCGCCCUACCUACAGUGACUUUGUGACCUUUUUAGACCGAGAUCCUAGAGCGGAGAAUUUGUUCCGAGUGAUCAAAACUAUGGAGCCCCCUCGAACACUUUCUUUAACCUCAACUCAUCUCAUCUUCGUGGCGGACAAUUUUUCCACACCAGCCGCUGACUACAAAGCGGUGUUUGCCAGACAUGUAAGACCUGGCCAAUACAUUUUAGUAUCUGGAGCAUCUGGUCACCUUGUGCCAGCUAAAGUAACCUCACUGAGUAUGCGAAGAGAAAAAGGGAUCUAUGCUCCACUCACUCAGCAUGGGACAAUAUUGGUGGAUGAUGUGAUAGUUUCUUGUUUUGCCCUGGUACAAAAACAGAAACUGGCACAGUUAGCUUUUUGGCCUUUACGGGUACUGUACAAUCUGGGGGUGAUGGCAGGAAGUGAGGCAUCCCAGCAGGUGGGCUUUCACUGGUAUAGCCAAUUCCUUUACCAGCUAGGUCAAAUGAUCCUGAAUGAGAAUGAGUUUUAUCCAAUGAAUAUUCUGCAGCUGGAAAGCUGA